CUCAUUUUUCGACCGAGUGGAAAAGGCAAUCGUCUCGUCAAACGGGAUCCUCAAUCCUGUGGAAAAGGUCUGCUCGUCAUUCGUACAGUAAUUUGGCUUCCUGUCUCGGGAAGGUUUUACUUAAGUUUUCCGUUCAGUGCCCCCGGGGGAGACGGAACAUCUUCAUAGAGUGCAAAGUUCUUCGACAAAAAGGCAGUGGAACCCCGAAAUGCAGUCAAAGAAGAUGUCUCGCCAUCCACACGACGCCAAAGUUUACGUCGGAGAUCUGGGCAAUAACGCCAGCAAACAAGACAUUGAGGAUGCGUUUUCGUACUACGGUCCGCUGAGGAACGUCUGGGUGGCCCGCAAUCCGCCGGGUUUUGCCUUCGUCGAGUUCGAGGACGCCCGGGAUGCCGAGGAUUCGGUGCGAGGUCUGGACGGACGCACGAUUUGCGGGCGCCGCGCCCGGGUAGAGCUAUCGACCGGCAAGGGUGGUCGGGGCCUGCGGGGUGGUCCUCCGUCCCGGGGCAAGGGUGGUGGCGGUGGCGGUGGUGGUAGAGAAGGAGGCGGUGGUGGAGGAGGUCGUGGAGGCGGAGGAUUCCACUCUGAUGAUCGGUGCUACGAGUGCGGCGGCCGGGGACACUACGCUCGCGAUUGUAGCCGUUAUGGGCGCGGAGGAGGUGGAGGUGGAGGCGGCGGCAAAGGUCGCAGAAGAUCCCGUAGCCGCAGUCCACGGUCACGUUCCCGUGAGCUUCGUACCCGUUCCCGAAGCUAUAGCCGUAGUCGCAGCCGGGACCGGGAACGUGAGCGAGAGCGUGAUCGCGACAGUCGUCGCAGUCGCUCCAAAACACCAACUAAGAGAUCCAACAACGCACACGAUCGUUCGGGCAGCCGCGAGCAAAGCCGCUCACCGCGUCGAUCGCUGUCCAAGGGAGGCGGACGUUCCAGGAGCCGUUCCCGUACACCUCGUUCGGCCAGUAGAUCCCGCUCCAGAUCACAUCACCGCAAUGGCGGAUCACAUCACGACUAACUAGAGAACAACCAGCGCGUUAUAUCCAAUGGCAGCAAAUAUGGCUAGAGUUUAGAAUACCACCGAGAUUAGGCUCAAACAUUGGAAUAUACUUAAUCAAAAAUUCAAAAACCAUGCUAGGUAACACUUUGACGUGCACAGUAAUCUAAUCUCUACCAGAUGUGAAAUACCAAAAACAAAACAAAAAUUACUAAUGAAAUACUGAACCUGUAUUACACAUACAAUUUGAAACAACAUACAUUAUUCUACACAUCUACACAGAGUUACUGUACGCUCCUAGUUUGUUUCAUCCGAUUCAAACCACUAAAGUUGAUAUUACAAUUGAGGUAGACUUAAACAACCCUCGAAACCUUUAGGAAAUACAGUACAGAGGUAAACCGUAGACUAAGUUAGCUCUCUCCCACUCAAAAUGGAAUGUUUUUCAAAAUACUCCCAAAGUAUGCAUUUAACGACUCAAACACAAAGUUUAAGAGAGAAAAUGGAGAAUAUAAUUGUAUCAUUCGCAAGUAUGUUGCUAUUCGAUCACUAUUUAUCUUGGUAGCUUAUUUCAGCUUGUCUUAUAAACGACUCAGUUUGGCAAGUUUUCAAGCUGACAUGUCUUGUUGGACAGUGUUUGGAUUUGCUCAUUGAAAGAUAGUUGUCGGAUUAGUGGAUCUCCACUGUGUGGUUUGCAGGGUUUGCAUUUUUAGUUUUACACUUAUUUGAUCAGGUUAAAGAAAUUACAUCUUCUGCAUCAACUGGAUGCCGUCGAAUCCCCGUUCUUCAUCUUAUGUUUCUUUUGUGAAUUAAUGAAAUAAAAAAGUAUCUAAUAAUAAACUACAUGAACUCCGUA